AUCGAGCAGAAGCAUUAUGUCUAUUAUUCUCUCCCUAUUCCCCGCCUAUAGGUUUCUCCCAUCUCCCCCUUUUCCCAUCCAAGUCGAUUAAAAAAUUUCUACGUUCUUGGGUGAAAGGUUUUUGUGGUUGCUCCAUAUUUUUCUGCAAAUAUAUUCCGGCAUUUGCUUAAAAAUUGAAACUUUCUUCCGUAUGUGUGCUGUUCUUGAGUAAAAUAUGCUGAAUGUUUUCCUUGGGCUUCACUUUGAUAUACGGAUUAUAAACCGUAGAUUGAGCCAGAAAUAGUAGAAAGUUUUGAUUUUUUUGAUGAUUAUGCUGAUUAUGUAUACAAUUUUAGCAUCAGAGGGAGCUUUUUUUUCGGUGACAGAAUGGUCACUAGUAAAGAAAAAAUGGUCGGAGAAGAAUUAGAUGAAUUUGAUCUAGCAAGCUCCGAAGAGGAAACUUCUUCUCAGGAAGCUAUGAGGUUGGCGACAGAGAAAUAUGACAGAUGCGACAUAUAUCUGGGAAUGGAGUUCUCGACAGAUCGGCAGGCGAGUGCUUACUAUGAUAUGUAUGCUAAGCAGGAAGGAUUUCGAGCCCGCGAUGGUGAGGUUCGUCGAUUGGAAGAUGGAACCAUUUGUGCAAGACAAUAUGUUUGUUCUAGGGCCAAGCGUAUGAGGGAAGGUGAAGCUGAGGAAAGCAAUCAGAAGAGGGGCCCAGCAGUUCUAAGGAAGGGAUGCCCAGUAAUGAUCGAGAUCGAGAGGGUAAGUGAGUAUGGAUGGGAAGUUGUGGAUUUUUGUGAUGAGCAUAAUCAUAAAGUAGUAUCCCCUUACUGGGAAAAGGUGCAUAAAGGGAAACCACCCAAAUCAAAAAAAAAGAUGGAUGUGAGAAAAGAGGAGGGGGUGCAAACAAAUUUCAUAUCCGAUGCACUGGAAGAACAAACUUGUGGAUAUGUUGGAGUUGGUGCAGAAGAUGCUAGCAAUCGCACAAUGGGUGGAAAGCCAAAUGCUUUUGGAUCAGAUGGCCAAAUUGUUCUGGACUAUUUCACCAAAUGGCAAGUUAGAAAUGCAACAUGUGUUUUUGCCGUCCAACUAGAUGAUGAACAAUGUCUGAGUGGUGUUUUUUGGUCUGAUGCUCGGGCAAGACUUAUGUACAACCUCUUCAGUGAUGUUGUUAUCUUUGAUACAACGACUAAGAUUAAUGGUAAUAAAUUGUUAUUUGCUACAUUUUUGGGAGUAAAUAAUCAUGCCCAGCUAGUUUUCCUUGGAGGUGCGCUAGUGGCAAGUGAAACAGAAGCCACUUUCAUGUGGAUAUUCAGAUCAUGGUUGGAGGCCAUGCAUGGAUAUCAGCCAGGUUGUAUCAUAACUGAUCUAGAUGAAAAGAUCCAACAUGCCACUUCUAAAAUGUUCCCUAAUUCCAACCAUAGGUUGUGCAAGAGGCACAUCUUAAAGAAAGUUCCGCAAAAACUCUCUGAUGUAUGCUUGAAAUUUAAAGAGUUCCACCAUGAAUUUUCUGACUGCAUUUGUAAGUCUAGAACAGAAUCUGAAUUUGAAAAUAAUUGGACAGAACUUGUCCUUAAAUACUCACUUCGUUCUAAUGAGUGGGUAUCUUCAUUGUAUAAACAGAGGCACAGCUGGGUCCCUGCUUAUGUCACAGGGAUAUUUUCUGCAGGUGUUCUAACAGAAUGGCAUGUCGAAGGCGUAUACUCUAUAUUUGACAUGUAUAUCAAUGAGAACACAACACUUAAGGAAUUCAUUAAGCAGUAUGAAACAGCCUUGCGAGUCAUGCUUGAAAAAGAAGGCGAUGAAGAGUACAAGAUGAUCUGCUCAAAACCAGAGUUGAGGACCCCAGUUCCUAUGGAACAACAGGCGGCUGAGUUCUACACGAGAGUCAUGUUUCUGAAGUUUCAAAAGGAAUUCAUCAGAAGUCUUGCAUGCAUUGCAAUGCUAGUCAGUGACUGUGGUGGACUGGAGCUUUACACUGUCAAGGAAACCAUGCAUGAUGACUCUGGUUCUGGUGUUAUUUUCAGAAGGGAAGAUAAUGUCGCAAAUUGCAGUUGCCAUUUCUUUGAAUCUGAUGGAAUAUUGUGUAGACAUGCUCUGACCAUCUUCAAGAUUAAACAGAUUUUUAUUAUUCCAGAUCGUUACAUUUUAAGGCGGUGGACAAAGUUUGCUAAAAAUGGUAAAGCAUCUGAAGAUGAUGCUAUUCGGCCAAAUGAUGAAGAUGCAACAUCAGUGGUUGCUCGGUUUAAUAGCAUGUUCUCUGAGGCUAUUGAAAUUGCGGAUAAAGCUGCUUUGUCCAAAGAAACUUAUCUUAUGGCAAUCAAAUUCUUGAGAGAACUCAAUGUUAAAGUUGGAGCUACUCCCAUAGAUGCCAAUGUGAGUAUUGAGGAAGAAAACGUGAGGCAAGAUAGCUAUAAAAAAGGUCACUGAUUGAACCGACAUUGAAUGAAAAUGCCAGGAAAUCCAAGAUUCUCCUUCUCCCAGUUCAUUGUUGUUUAUCAGCGAACACUGAAGUCGAACAGUCACUGCAACAUUUUAUUAUUAUUGGAGUGACCACAAACUAUAAAUGGACAAGAUCAUGUUUGCACUUUGCCUUGACUUUUUGGCAUGAAUGUAUCUUAUUAAAUGGAUAUGACAAGCUUGCAAGUUCCUUUGUCAGGAAGGCAUGUUGGCCAAGCUAAUCUGGAAAUUAUCUAUCCAAGAGAAGAAAAAAAUCUUCCAUCUUUUUCGGUGAAGCAUAGAGAUUUUAGAAGCAGAGAAUUUGAGAAAAUGUGAUUGACGUGUACCACCCUUACGUGUCAUUUGGAAUAUAGGAAAGGAAUCGAUUGAUCAUCCAAGAUUGCAAUUUUGCUGGUAACUUAUGGUGGGGUUUCUUUAGAAGGCUGUCUAUCAUGACUUCACCAAGAGAGGUUUCCUUCUUUUGGACAGCUUGGAGAGUGAGUUUUUCAAGAACUCUACUGGUUGGCACUCCCUUGCCGCAACUUGUUGCUGGCUAUUUUAGUUAGUAAGACAUAAACGUAUGUUUUUCUGAGAAUUAAAACUCCCUACAGGAAGCUUUGAAGAAUAUUUGCUUCCUUAUUGGACCAGAUUGACUUAUCCAACUUUUAUGUGCUGUAUAUAUUUGUCAUUUCCGGCUUCA